AGAGCCGCCCUCUUUUUCAUUGCAACUCCUGCACAAGUCUGAAGAAGAAUAGCACCAUGCCAAUGCUGGUAGAGAAACCUCAGUCUGCUGAUGACGACGCAACUGGCGCUGAUGGCCCACUGCGCGUGACGGAGAUAACCUUCCUUAAGGAGGAGAAUGGACCUGCGCAUCACACGGACGAGUUCGUGGAGAACUGCAUUGUCAGACGUGGGCAGCCGUUCAGCGCGGACCUGGUGUUUGACAAGGAUUUCAACAAAGAGAACGACAAGCUGGUGAUCGAGCUCCGAUAUGGCGUCAACCCUCUGCCGAACAAGGGCACGCUGUUACGGCUUCUUGUUGGAAACAACCUCAAGGAAGGAGAGUGGAGCGCCGCAGUGGAGAAGGCAGAAGGCCAGAACGUUAAGGUGCGCAUCACGUCGCCUGCUGACGCCAUCAUCGGCAGGUAUGUCGUGGUCGCCGAGACGACGUCAAAUGGCAAGAAGUGGCGCAGUGCACGGACAAUCAUCAGCUACUUCGUCGUCCUCUUCAACCCGUGGUGCAAAGACGAUCGGACGUACCUUCCUGAUGACGCCAAGCUGGAGGAAUACGUGCUGAACGAACAUGGGUACCAGUACUUCGGGGGCAAGGACAACAUUAGCAAGCGACCGUGGAACUUCGGACAGUUUGAGCCGGGGAUCCUCGAGGUGUGUCUGUGGCUGCUGUACAGGUCGGGACUCACAGUCAACUCCAAGAGGACUGCGGUGUGGGUCAGCAGGGCCAUGUCGAAAAUGGUUAACAGUAAUGACGACAAGGGGGUCUUGGUAGGAAAGCCGUUUGGACCCUAUUUAGAUGGGACAGCUCCAGUCGCCUGGAACGGGAGUGUGGAGAUCCUUCUGCAGUGGUUCCAGGAGCGACAGCCGGUGAAGUACGCGGAGUGCCUAACCUUCUCCGGCGUUAUGACUACAGUACUCCGGUGCUUGGGCAUCCCGGCCCGGAGCAUCACCAAUUUCAAUUCGGGGGUUGACGUGGACUAUUCAAUGACUAUCGACAGCUACUUGGACGACCAAGGCGUGCCCAAACCGUCUAGCGACUUCUUCUGGUAAGGCAUUCUUGUUGGUGAUCGUUUCUGUCACAG